UGCAGCGCUCGACGCGCAGAAUGCCGGUGAUACCGACACACACUCACCUACCAUCGGAUACACGCACCUGCCGCAACAGGAAAAAAAAACUAGUACAUCUUUUCCUUAAACUGUACAAGAUUCUCGAUAAGACUGUUCAGUCUGACAGUGGCAUUUUGCCGUGACCUCUUCCAGCAGACGGCAGUCUCUCCUGACUGUAGGACAUCAGACGAAAACCAGUGCCAUUUAAUUCAGUCUGUUCACUCGAUAUCUGUGAUACAGAGACACCUGCAUGACAAGACCUGAGCCAUAUGUGCUGAUCAAUAUCCAAGGGUUUGACCUCUGACCACACCGCAGUGGGUGAAAGCUUGGAAGUAACAGCUUGGCAUUAUGGGACUAUGUAGAAGAAAUGAAGACAAAAUAUAUGAGAAUGUCACGACAUUGACACCAUCGUGUCAGAGCCAUGAGUUGGUCAACAGAUUUUUGUAAAACAGUUUUGUUCUUUGCACUAAAUUCUAAUUAAGAAUGAACUCCGCACAUAUUCUGCUCGAGGAAAAACUCAUUAUUUACAUAGCUGUUAGUUGUUAUAUUAGCGACUAUGAGUGAGAGAGACCUUGGGACUCCAGCAGACACCACCUAGAAUCAAACAAGGAGGCUGUCCCGAUUCGUUUGGCGUUUUAUAAACGGGUCUUCUGGAAACGGGGCAACAAUUCCCCUCACAGGCUGCCCCUCCGGGACUGGUGUCAGUGCUAAUGUAAUGCUUGUCAUGGCCAGUGUGACUGCUCUGGAGGAGUCCGCAAGCGACUGUACCACACCAAUAGUAAAUCCACUGCCAUUUGAACCUUCUACAACCUCUACAAUUGACCCUAGCCAUGGACGUGACAGUACUUCCUGCCCUUCGCCAGUACCUCCACCACCACCUCCACCUCCUCCACCACCACCACCCCAGGCACCAGGUCAACACGCUUCACGCAAGAAACGACGGGUACGGAGCUUCUUUUGGAAAACCAUUCCAGAGGAGAAGGUUAGGGGUAAACCUAAUAUUUGGACUCUAGCCGUGAGACAGCAGCAGUAUCAGAUUGACGUAAGGACUGUAGAGGAGCUGUUCGGCCAGCAGGAGGAAGUUCGAACCCAGACAAGCGGUGGACAAUCUCGUCUUGGGAGAACUAGAGGUUCAUUUAAAGAGAGCAAGGAUGAGAUUAGCAUAUUGGACUCCAAGAGAGGAAUGAACGUUGGAAUUUUCCUCAAACAGUUUAAGAAGCCUAAUCAUGCAAUAGUAGAAGACAUCCGUCUUGGCAACAGUGAGCAGUAUGGAACUGAACAGCUGAAGGAACUGCUCAAACUACUACCAGAGGCAGAAGAGGUGAAGAGAUUGAAGGAAUUCAAGGGAGACCCAAAUAAGCUGACACUGGCUGAUUCUUUCAUGUUCCUGCUGAUCCAAGUGCCACGCUUUGAGGUGUGUAUUGAGGCUAUGGUACUUCAGGAAGAGUUUCUCCCGUCCUGUACGGUCAUGAGUCGUGAGAUUAACAUUGUGCGUCAGGCUACCGAAGAACUGAUGACCUGUGAAGAGCUCCAUGCCAUUCUACACUUAGUUCUCCAAGCGGGAAAUAUCAUGAAUGCAGGUGGCUAUGCAGGCAAUGCUUUAGGCUUCAAACUGUCCUCGCUUCUCUCUCUGGCUGAUACGAAGGCCAACAAGCCUGGCAUGAACCUGCUCCAUUUUGUGGCACUAGAAGCACAGAAAAAGGAUGAGACCCUUUUGAAGUUCCCAGAGAAGCUAACACAUGUUCAGAGUGCAGCCAGAAUUUCAGUAGAAAAUAUAGAAGGAGAGUUCUCCUCUCUCUAUGUCAAAACACGUUCCUUGGAACAGAAGAUUCAGGAUGACGAUGAGCUGCAAAAGCAGCUGGGUCCAUUUUUGCAGAGCUCUACACAUGCCCUUCAGGACCUCAAACAACGCAGGCUUGACUUGCGUAAAAAAGGCAAUGCCCUUAUCGACUUCUUCUGUGAAGACAAAGACACCUUUAAACUGGAUGAGUGCUUCAGAAUCUUCCAAGACUUCUGUCUAAAGUUCAAAAAAGCUGUAAAGGACAAUCUGGACCGGGAACUGAAGGAAGAAUCUAGACUGCGACGCAUACGGGAACUGGAGGAGAGACGUAGUGCCUGGGGUGCAGCCAAUACUGAGACAGGUGAUAGUGGAGGUUUUGGUCGCAGCAGCAGCGAAAAUGAUGUUGACAUCCUUACCAAAGAAGGCCUCCUAGACUUCCUGCUUCAAUCAAGACCUCAAAGCCCCCACAGUCCUUUGGGCCGCUCGUCUAGUGCCCGCCGUUACCAUCACACCUCUAGUGACCGCAACAUCCGUGGCUAUAUGGAGCAGCUCUCUGGGUCUUCAGAGAGCGACUAUGCCAAAUUCAGCAGCCUGCCACGUUCAGGCAGGAACCAUCAAAGAAAGACCAUGGCAUGGCUUGUCUCACAGGAUGAUAAUAGGGAGCUGGGUCCGCAGAGUCAGGCCUACCAAGAGAAGUUAGCAGCUUCACCAAAGGCAGAGACAGAACCCAUCAGUCCUUUAGCUAGAUACUCAAGUUUUGGCUACAACAUGAAUACAGAUCCCUAUAAUAAUAAUAAUACUAUCUCUGAAGGUGGAGUUACACCUCAAUUAAAUAACACAAAGAAUAUUUAUCCGGGGACAUCUGGUCAUGGUGUUGGACACAUGAGUGUUUGUGUGGAGAAACACAAACUAGUUUCUGGCCUUCAACCCUUUGAGAUAACCAGCCAGAUCAAUAAUAACAGUAAUGUUUCUUUUGACAACCAGCGUGAAGUGUUUGUAACAAAUCUGCAAAAGGAAGGCGACCCUCCCAAAGCAUUUGUCCUUGAUACGCCCCCAUCUAGCAGGAGUUCUGAGGGGGGACCUAAGCCAGAAAAAGUAUGGAAUGACAAAAUGAUCUCUCCACAGAAGGAGGAAGCGGACACAAGCACCUUUUCCUCUACAACUUGUGACACCCCUUUGCCCCUUGAUUCCUCUGUGUCCGGCAAGAAACCUGGAUUGUAUGUCAUGGACUGCACUGAAACUGAUUGUUCCAUUGUGUUGGACUGUUCUGAGAUUGAGAGUUCCCCUAUCAUGAAAGAAGGAUUAGGACUUAACCAAAAGCCACAGGAUGCCAACUAUCCAAGAGUCGUUCAGGACACCAAUUCUCUAUCUUCCAAUUUUGAGUCCACUGAUUGUCACUUUGUGUCCUUAUCAAGUGAUGAACCACUAGCAGGAGGCUUUGAUCAAGCAUGUCUAGAAUCAGUCAGUCUAUCUGUAAAUACUGAAGAAACAGAGACAGAUAGCUGUGACACAGCUGAAGGCCGAAGAGUUGGUGAGAAAGCAGUCCAGACCAGUAUCCCCAGAACACUUGUCAAAACCAAGUCUCCAUUCAAAGUGAUUGCUCAUGCCAGUCGUCCUACAAGAACCCUCACAGCAACUGAGACUCAAAACAUGCGCAAAGUGGUGCCAAUUACAAGGCAGAAUCGAUCUAAUAGCAGCAUGAAGAAAGUCGAAAAACCUCCUGGACAUGAGAGCAUAGAACCCAGACGUCCACUUCGUGACCAAAGCAUGCCAGCCAGGAGAGGCGAGAGGCAAGGUAGACCUGCACGGCAUUCAAGCCUCCCUCCAGAGGAACCCAGGGCACAAAGAGGAGCGACACCAAGCAACUCCCGGUGGGCGAGGGACUCGACUCAACACAGACCCUCCAUCAAAAAAAAUAAUCCCAAACCUGUUCGUAACAUUUCAAAACCAGCACCAGAGGAAAAGAUGUGUCGUUCUACAAUGCGUGCCUUGGCCCAAGCUCAGGCCCAGACACAAGGAACCUCUGAAGGAAGUACACCUGACAGUCCCAACAACACCGUAAAAAGUUCUUCGCCUUUACCUAGUUUUGCUCGCAACACUGUGGCAUCAUCUUCCAGAUCUAAAAAAGACUUGCCCUCACCAGCUGUAACAGGAACACCAUCAAAAAGCUUAUCCAGAACUAGCUCUCAGAAAUUGCCUGGUGUUAAAACAGACUCUGUCAGUAGUGGACAUUUGCUAAGGAGUGAGGAUAAACUGGGGGGGUCUAUUAGGAGGGUUCAAAGUGUAAGGGCUUCCAGUCGGAGCAGUGACACCCCUCCUCCACAGUCUGGACGAGAACACUCCCUCAAAAGUAGCAGUUUCUCGGAGAGAUCCACACAUAUUAAAGACUCCAUCGCGAACAGGGCCAACAAACCUACAUGGAAGUAGAAUGGACAUCUUAUGUAGUGGCUCGAAAAACAAUGUUUAACGAAGAAGAUCAAACUUUUCUGCACAUACUAAAGUUACUAAAGAGGCACAGAAGCCUUUUAAAUUAUUAUGAAUGUAUCUACAGCCUUUAAAAUGUAGCUGAAGUCACUAGAUGCUCACCAAGAGUUUGAAUAUUAACAUGAGCUACUGUCACCAUUUGACAGCACAUUUAGUAGCACUUCAACAUCCACACAAGGAUGGUUUUGAUGGCCUUUUUCUUACAUGUACUUGACACAUUAUCAACUGUUACAGAAAAACACAUCAAUCACAAAUUGUUCUUGUGUUAGAUUAACCCUAUAUUUUAUAAUAGAUAUUAAUUCUACAAAGACUAUGUGAGCUGUUCUCACAAAUUGCUGCGGACAAGACAAUUAUGUCAUAUAUCCUUAUGCUUGCUUUAUUUUAUAUAAGAUGUAGUAAAAGUAAUGUAAUACCAUUUAAUACAGUAACAUUUCCAUAAAAAAAAACGAAUUAACAGUAAUUUAUCCACAUUUCACUUAGCUGUUUUCUGUGCAUGAUGACAAAUCACACUAAAGACUGUUUGAUCAA